GUAUUUUGCAUGAAAUUGAUUGGAUGGAGAAAAACACUUUAACACAUGCUUUGGAUAAAUUACAAAACAUGGAACUGAAGGUCGGAUUCCCAUCGGAAUUGACGGACGAAAAGAAGAUUAACAAUUACUACAUCGAUCUUCACAUUAAUCGUGACGACUAUUUUCAAAAUCGUAUUAAAGCGUACAAAUGGUUAUCGGAUUAUCAGUUCAGUCAACUCCGAGAGAUUAAUAACAAAAAUGAUUGGCGCAAAUACGCCGAAGUGACUGAAGUGAACGCCUAUUACUUCCCACAGGAGAACGCAAUGGUUAUUCCCGCCGGUAUUCUUCAGGGCAUCUUCUAUAACAAGAAUAGACCCAAGUAUUGAUACAA